AUGAUUCUCGGAAGUGUGCUCAAUGCUGCGGGUAAUGCUGUCAAAGAGAUUACCAGGAAGAAGAAAACCAUUAAAGGCACAGUUAUUUUAAUGAAGAAUAAUGCUUUCGGAUUCAACAACUUGGUUUCAGGUACAGCUGAUAGAGUUCUUGAGAUCGUAGGCCAAAAAGUCACUCUGCAGCUCGUCAGCGCAGAGCAUGCUGACCCUGUAAAUGGAAAUGGAGGAAAGCUUGGGAAGCAAGCAGCUUUGGAGAACUGGAACCUUAAAAUUACUUCUCCAAUGGCAGGUGAUUCCCGAUACAAGGUUUACUUUGAGUGGGAUGAGGAGUUUGGAACUCCUGGAGCUAUCAUAGUACGAAAUAAUCACUCUGCUGAAUUUUACCUAAAAACUAUUACUCUUGAAGAUGUUCCUGGUAAAGGUAGAAUUCACUUUCUUUGUAACUCUUGGGUUUAUCCUGAUAGACAAUACAAAAAGCCAAGAGUCUUUUUCGCGAACAAGACAUAUCUUCCACAUGAAACGCCAGCACCGCUACGUAAGUACAGAGAAGAAGAGCUAAAGGUGUUGAGAGGAGAUGGGAAAGGAGAGCGGAAAAAAGGGGAUCGUGUAUAUGACUACGCUGUGUACAAUGAUUUGGGAAAUCCUGAUUCAAGUUCAGAACUCGCUCGCCCUGUUCUCGGAGGGUCCGCUGAGUAUCCUUAUCCUCGAAGAGGAAGAACAGGCCGACCACCAUCAAGAUCAGAUGCUGAGACUGAGAGCAGGGUGUUUAUACCGGGUACUUUUACCACUUACGUCCCUAGAGAUGAGCAAUAUGGUCACUUGAAGAUGUCAGACUUUAUUGCUUUUAAUCUGAAAGCCUUAGUUCGGAACAACAUUCCUGCAUUUGAAAUUAAAUUUUUUUCUAAUGAGUUCAACUCCUUCAAGGAAGUAGACAACCUCUACUUCAAUGGAAUUCCACUUCCUACUGAAGCUCUCAAUAAACUUACAAGUAACAUCCCCUUACCAAUGAUCAAGGAAAUGUUUCGGACAGAUGGGGAGCGACUCUUAAAAUUUCCAGUGCCUCAAGUGAUCAAAGAUAGGAGUAGGCCUACAGCAUGGAGGACAGAUGAAGAAUUUGCUAGAGAAAUGCUUGCCGGAGUGAACCCUCUUCUCAUUUGUCUUCUCAGAGAAUUCCCUCCAGCUAGCAAGCUGGACCCUGAACAGUAUGGUAAUCAAAACAGCUCUAUAACCAAAGAACACAUAGAGCAUAACUUAGACGGACUCAGUGUAGAGGAGGCACUAAGGAAAAAUAAGUUAUUUAUCUUGGAUCAUCAUGAUACAGUGAUACCCUACCUCAGGAAGAUAAACACUACCUCAACAAAGACUCAUGCAUCAAGGACACUUCUCUUUUUGAGACACGACGAGACAUUGAAGCCUGUGGCAAUUGAAUUGAGCUUGCCAAAUCCAGCAGGAGACAAAUAUGGUAUUAUUAGCAAGGUGUACACUCCAGCAGAACAUGGCGUUGAGGGUUCCAUUUGGCAAUUUGCUAAAACUUUUGUAGCUGUGAAUGAUUGUGGUCAUCAUCAGAUAGUAAGCCAUUGGUUGAACACUCAUGCAGUUUUAGAGCCAUUCAUUAUUGCAACAAACAGGCAGCUGAGUGUGGUUCAUCCAAUUUAUAAACUUCUCCACCCUCACUUUCGUGACACCAUGACUAUUAAUGCAUUGGCCAGAGAAAUUCUUAUAAAUGCAGGUGGAAUAAUAGAGGAGACAUUUUAUCCGGUAAAAUAUUCUAUGCUGAUGUCAUCAGAAAUUUAUAAGAGUUGGAAUUUCUUGGAACAGGCACUCCCCAAUGAUCUCAAGAAAAGAGGAAUUGCGGAGGAUGAUGCAAAUUCCCUACAUGGUCUUCGGCUACUGAUUGAAGACUAUCCAUAUGCUGUUGAUGGGUUGAAAAUCUGGUUUGCGAUUGAAAAAUGGGUGAGAGACUAUUGCUCCUUCUACUACAAGACGGAUGAAAUGGUUCAACAGGACGCUGAAGUUCAAGCCUGGUGGAAGGAACUGCGAGAGGUGGGUCAUGGUGACAAGAAAGAUGAGCCAUGGUGGCCUAAAAUGCAAACUCUUGAAGAGCUGAUAGAAUCUUGCACCAUUAUUAUUUGGAUAGCUUCUGCUCUCCACGCAGCUGUGAACUUUGGACAGUACGCCUACGGAGGUUACUCCCCAAACCGUCCAACACUAAGCCGCAGGUUCAUGCCUGAAAAAGGCACUCCUGAAUAUGCUGAGCUGGAGAAGAACCCUGAGAAGGCUUUCUUCAGAACAAUUACUUCACAGCUACAAACCUUGAGCGGCAUGUCCGUGAUAGAAGUUCUGUCAAAGCACCCAUCAGAUGAGGUGUAUCUUGGAAACCGAACACCGGAAUGGACAGCGGAUGUAAUGCCACUGGCAGCUUUUGAGGAUUUUCAUAAUAGACUUGUUCAAAUUGAAGAAGAGAUGAAAAAUAUGAACACGGAUGAGAAAUUGAAGAAUCGUGUUGGUCCGGUCAAUGUGCCAUACACUUUGCUCUAUCCAAAUGGUGAAGUUGGACUUUCUGGAAAGGGAAUUCCUAAUAGUAUCUCGAUCUAA